UGGACUGCAGCGCUUACGAAAUGGACCCCCUGGAGGUCCCCCCGCUCACCCCGACCAGCAAAGAGGUUCUCUGCGAGGCUCUCAGAGCCAGUUUUGCCGGUUUCACCCAGGAGAGGCUCACCCACCGUUUCCCGCAAGAUCCCACGUUAUGGUCCGAGUGGGAGGUGAACCACUGGCUGGACUGGUGCCGGGCCGAGUUCGGGCUGCACUCCUUGGGUUCGGACUUGAGGGGCCUGCGGGGCGGAGAGCUGUGCCGACUGGACCGCGUGGCUUUCCUGGGCCUCACGUCCGACCGCACCGCCGGAGAGAUCCUGUGGGAACACCUGGAGAUCAUGAGACGGGAAAAUGAUGGCGACUGCGGUGGCGCGUUGCAAGUGUCCACUCUGUCACCUCCCUGCCAGCCAUCAAGUAAGGAAGAGAUCGACUCCCGAGAUGAGAUAUCUGGGGGCGGUUCUCUGAUGUGGAUGGGCGGCAUCCACCACGCGGAAGCCAGCGUGGACGGGAGCCAUUGCGGCGACUGCUUCGCUUCGGCGCGACCCUACAAGAGCUUCAAAGAGUACCUGGGCAGCAAGGCGGAUCCGGGUUCGGCUGUGAUCCCGGCAGCCGUCCUCGCCGGUUACACUGGAAGUGGCCCCAUCCAGCUGUGGCAAUUUCUACUGGAGCUGCUGACCGACCGUAGCUGCCGGUCGUGCAUCAGCUGGACCGGAGACGGUUGGGAGUUCAAGCUGACUGACCCAGACGAGGUGGCGCUGCUGUGGGGUCGCCGGAAGCACAAGCCCAAGAUGAACUACGAGAAGCUGAGCCGCGGUCUGCGCUACUACUACGACAAGAACAUCAUCCGCAAGACGGUGGGCAAGCGCUACGUCUACCGCUUUGUCUGCAACCUGCGAGGCCUGCUGGGGUACGAGCCCGGCGAGCUGCACGCCAUGCUGGACGUCGGGGCCCGAAACUAAGAAGUGAGCGAGCUGGUGGCCGUGUUUAACCGGGCGCGGCGUGACGAUCGCUGUGAACGUGGGGCGCGCGGUACCGACGGGGACG